AUGAGAGACUAUAAAGUCGUUGUUCUUGGUGCUGGUGGGGUUGGAAAAUCCUCAAUAACAGUUCAAUUUGUUCAAGGUGUAUAUAUUGAAAGUUAUGAUCCAACAAUUGAAGAUUCAUAUAGAAAACAAAUAGAAGUUGAUGGACGUGCAUGUGAUUUGGAGAUUUUGGAUACCGCUGGGGUUGCUCAAUUUACAGCUAUGAGAGAACUUUAUAUAAAAAGUGGAAAGGGAUUCCUUUUAGUAUAUUCAGUAACUGACGAAAACUCAUUAAAAGAAUUAUUAGCCUUACGUGAACAAGUCUUAAGAAUCAAAGAUAGUGAUAAUGUUCCAAUGGUUUUAAUAGGUAAUAAAUGUGAUUUAGAUGAAGAUAGAGUUCUUUCCAUAGAAGAUGGAGUCAAAGUUAGUCAAGAUUGGGGUUUAGUACCAUUUUAUGAAACUAGUGCGAUGUAUAAAACAAAUGUUGACGAAGCUUUUAUUGAUGUUGUGAGACAAAUAAUGCGAAAAGAAGCAGCAAUUAGUGCUGAAAGGAAACAACAAAAGGAAAAGCAAAAAUUAGAUCAAUCAAAUAAUAACAUUUUGACAGACAAUAAGAUUGAUAAUUCUACUAAUAACAGAAAUAAUAUUAAUAAUAAUAAUACUGAGCUUGAAAAGAGUUCGUAUCAGCAACAAAGAGACAAUCAAUCUACAAAAGUUCAUACAAAAUCAAGCUCUGGUAGUAAGUGUUGUGUGAUCAUGUAA